AUGUUAGCACAGUUCAAAAUAUUGAGAUUGGUAUUAGUGGCAAUACGGAUGGUGAAGAUCAAUUACCAAAAACUCCAGAAUCUCAAUCUGCAAUUCGCAAAUUUACAAAAAAACGUACAACCAAAACUCCGGAAUCACCAAAAAAUGCAAAAAAGAGAAAAUUAUAUAGCUAAUACUACACAAACCCAUUCUGUUGAUGCUCUUUUAGCAGGCCUUUCACCCACACUCAAAUCAUUUACGCCAUACUAUUUAAACAUAGUGAAAUCAAAAUUGUUUUCUAUAGUUCAAGAAUAUGAAAUGCAAAUGAUUUUUGACGAAGAAAAGAAAAAAACAACUUUUUUGACACCAUAUCCCACACAUUUUCUACCACCUCAGCAACAGAUUGUUCGAGAGUAUAAUCAAAACUUUCCAUCAAGUUCUUCACAACAUCUUAACCACAAGACUUAUCCUAGUACUCAAUUGCAAAACGAUAUGUCAUCACCAAGUGUAUCAAAUUAUUCUUCUUCACCACCUUCUCCAUAA